CCAACACAGGCCACUUCCUUCCUUUUCGCUUUCCGAACCGUCGGCCGCCGCGAAGACGACGCCACCGUCGAGCGGCACGCUCGGAGACACCGAGCUCCGGUUCCCGUCUCUGCAGCCGGCGAGGCGAAAUACCCAAUGAUGGAGAGAUGAUGAGGCUUUGUCAUUAUGAUUCUUCUAUAUGGAGGAGAACAUUGUUUCCUCCAAGAGUGGUUCUCCAUGUUUGUCUUGAUUGAUAUCUAUCAGAGGCAUGAAGAGGGUCGCCACUAGUGUCUCAGGACAUUUGUUUAACACCUGUAGGCAUCAGCUUCACUGGGAAUAUUCAAGUAUCUCGUUGCUAUUCUUCCCUUGUAGAUGUUCGAGCUUAAGAUAUUUCUCCUCAGGAUCAACUACUGCCAGACCUUUUCCUGAUUAUUCCCCAAAAAAACCUACCAUCAAAGACUCUGAGCUCGUUUAUCAUAUUUCUACCACAAUAAAAUUACGCCGCACUGAGCCCCUUCACCGUAUACUUAAGCCUUAUGAAUCUAAGUUUAGGCCUGACCAUCUUAUUUGGGUUCUCAUGAACAUUAAGAAUGACUACAAGCUGGUUUUGGACUUCUUUGAUUGGGCUUGCCUUCGGAGAGACCCAACACUACAAGCUCGUUGCAUAGUUGUUCAAGUAGCUGUGGCUUCUGGGGAUCUAAAAAAGGCUCAUGGUCUUAUUGGUGAUGUUUGUUCAAAGCCCAAUUUGGAGACCAGUAUCUGGUUUAUUCGUUUUGCUGAGCAGUUAAUAUAUACAUACAAGGACUGGGGUUCUAAUCCCCGCGUGUUCGACAUAUUCUUCCAAGUUCUUGUUGAAGCUGGUUUUUUUGCUGAAGCAAGAAACUUCUUCCACAAGUUGUUGAAUUACGGGGUGGUCAUUUCUGUUGAUUCUUGUAAUUUAUACCUCACUCGUCUUUCUCAUAAUGUGGACAGCCCUCAAAUUUUGACGAAGGCAUUCAACGAGCUUGGUGAUCUUGGCAUUACUUGGAAUACCGAAUCAUUUAAUAUCUUAGUACAUUCACUUUGUCGAUUUCAAAAAAUAAAAGAAGCUCAUAGUUUACUUUGGCAAAUGGAGUUGAGAGGCUUGUCACCGGAUGUUGUAAGCUACAGUUCCGUAAUUAAUGGUUAUUGCCAUGUUGGCGAACUCCCAAUUGUGUUGAAGCUCAUAGAGGAAAUGCAAAUAAGAGGCUUGAAGCCGAACCAUUUUACCUACAGCAGUAUAAUUCUUCUUCUAUGUAAGUCCAGAAAAAUAGCAGAAGCUGAACUGGUCUGUCAGGAUAUGAUAAACAAUGGAAUAUAUCCUGAUGGUGUUGUUUAUACAACUCUUAUAGAUGGAUUGUGCAAGUUAGGAAAUUUUGUUGCUGCUUUUAGUCUGUUUGGUAAAAUGCAAAGUCAGGGAGUCGCCCCUGAUUCUGUGACAUAUACUGCCCUUAUUUCUGGGCUUUGCCAAAAUGGAAAAAUGAUGGAAGCAAAUAAACUGUUUGAUGAGAUGAUUGAUUGUGGCUUUAAACCAGAUGAAGUUACCUACACCACACUUAUUGAUGGUUAUGGCAAGGCUGGUGAAAUAGCAAAGGCAUUUUCUCUUCACAACCAGAUGGUAAAGAUAGGGCUUACCCCAAACAUAGUUACAUAUACUGCCCUGGCUGAUGGCCUUUGUAAACGUGGAGACAUGGAUUCGGCGAACGAGCUUCUUCAUCAGAUGCAGAGGAAAGGACUUCAACUGAAUCUUUGCACUUACAAUGCUAUUCUUAAUGGUCACUGUAAAGCAGGAAAUAUUGAUCUAGCUGUGAGACUCAUGGAAGAUAUGGAGUGCGCUGGGAUUCAUCCUGAUACCAUUACUUACACAACUUUAAUGGAUACGUAUUGUAAACUCGGGGAGAUGGCGAAAGCUCAUGAGCUCCUUCGGAAAAUGUUAGCUAAGGGUCUUCAACCUACUAUUGUUACAUUCAGUGUGCUGAUGAAUGGAUUCUGUAAUUCAGGAAUGCUUGUAGAUGGGGAACAGCUACUAAAAUGGAUGCUGGAAAAGGGUCUUAAUCCAAAUGCUGCCGUUUACAAUUCUCUGAUGAAACAGUAUUGCAUUAGAAAUAAUAUACGUGCCACAACCGAGAUCUAUAAGGACAUGUGCGCGAGAGGAGUCAUGCCUGAUAGUAACACCUAUAACAUAUUGGUACGGGGUCAUUCCAAAGCGAGGAAUAUGAAGGAAGCAUGGUUUUUGCAUCGAGAAAUGAUUGGGAAGGGAUAUAUACCGACUGCUUCUUCAUACAAUGCACUUAUUAAGGGACUUUUAAAAAAGAAGAAAUUUUCUGAGGCCAGGCAACUAUUUGAAGAGAUGAGAACUCACGGACUGGUUGUAGACAGAGAGAUCUACAAUGCCUUUGUGGACAUGAUGUAUGAUGAGGGAAAAGUGGGAAAUAUGCUUAGCCUUUGUGAUGAGGUGAUAGAGAAAUCUCUUUUGGAUGUGGAAAAGAGUGGGAACUAAUAGUGUUGAUUACAUGCUGCUUCCUUGACAUUCGGCAAAUUCCAAUUUGAUUUGAUUGAGUUGCAGGGUUGAUUCCAACCUAAGCAGUUUUGGAGAGAAGUCGAUCAAGAGGGGCUGUAAAAAGCUCGCACUUGAAUCCCUGAUGCCUCAGCAAUUCAGCGAGUAUGAUUUGCAGAUCAUAAAAGGUUCCAAUCUCCCGUUGCUACCUUUACCAAAAAAAAAAAAUCUCCCGUUGCUACCUCUCAAGGCAGCUUUGAAUACCCAGAUUGAAUUGCUGGGUAUCUGCCUCUAGAGUGAGCUGCCAUCUUCCGUGGACCCACUAGCAAUAAUGCUUGCUGUCACAAACUCAAAUGCGAUAAUAGGCUUGGCGGCAGAGGCGAGAAUUAUGGGUACUGGCCUGAAAGCUUCGCCCAUUGAAUAGUGAUCUUAGAGAGGAGGUCACUCGGCAGCUCUUCCUGGUUUUGGACUAACAUUGUCGCAGCAGGAGGGUCGAUCAGCUAGCUUACCAACCAUGACCAAAGUAAAAUAUCACACAAUCGACUUGGUCCUCACCAAGAAGUUUGUGGGUUAGAAGCGGUCGUCCUUCAGGCCAACACUCUAGUUAAGGAAUGACAAUCUCUUUCAUUCUUAAAUAUGGAGCAAUGGCCUAUUCCAAGUCAUUUGCUCAGUUGAUGAACAGCCCUGAAGAUUACAUGGGCACUGUCAAAAAGUGCCCUCGCUCUGUCCCCAUUCUUCUGUUUUGCUUUCUAGACUUUGUUCACGCUUGAAAACCGUGAAUUAUGGAAGAGGAUCGUCCCAAUGAUGUGUUAUAUGACUCAAUUAUAGAAAAGUAUACCUCUCAUUCUCGUGCUUUC